CUACACUUUACUAUAGCCUUCCUUCUCUUACUGCCCUUUCUGCCCUUCUGCCGUUGACCCGCAUUUCGAUAUUCCCAAGCGAUCAAGCGAGGAUUACAUACCUUCGUAUAAUUCCCAUUCUCCAUAUCACAUCUAUCUCUAUCUCUUGUCACUCACCCCCAGCCGCCCAUCCGCCCAGCCCUUAUCCACGCCCGCUCCUCUAUCUACAACUCCCAUCCCCCCCAUCCCGACAAAUAAAAGAGCGAGCGAGCGAGCGAGUCCGCCAGCUAGCGAGCUAGAGCACACGACGAAAUCCUUCCAACAACCACCCACCCCAACCAUCACCACCACCACCCUCCCUCGCCAUGAACAAACUCGCCAACAUGCGGCAUUGGUCCGAGAAGAUGGGACCCGGCUUCGGCAUGUCGCGCCCCAACCCCAACAUGCCUCCCAACAUGCCUCCCGGCGUGGCACCACCCGCACAACACCACAAGGGCUCACACAACGGCGGUCCCUCGCCCAUCCCCCAAACCGCCGCCGACGCAUUCAUCCACUACUCGUUCAACGUGCCCUUCGCCUCGGAUCUCGAGGGUCCCAUAAUAGAGGAUAUCGUGCACGCGACGCCGGAUGCCUGCGAGAGGUGGACGCACCCGGAGUCGGCGCCGGAUGGGGUGCCGGUGCAUGAGCUGCCGGUGCAUGCGAUGAAUGUGUUGAAUCUGAGGAAGCUGUGUAGGGAGAUUACGAAUGGGCCGUUGCCGAUUGAGGCGCAUGUUAUUUGCUCGGAGCCGAAGAGGGUGAAGGGCGAGAUUGUGAAUGUGUGUCUCUCGGGUAGCCCGGAGUUGGUGCAGAAGAGUCGGGAGACGAUAUUGAAUGAUAUUCCGCUGGCAUUGCGGUGCUCGGUGGUGGAUAUUGAUGGCGAGUUGGUGCUUGAUCAGGCGGGGACGGCGUUGAAGACUUUCGUGAUCGAGCAUCUGGAUGAGGUGUCGGAGUUCUGUGGUGUCGAUAUCUUUCUUCUAGGGCCGAAGUUCAAUACCAUUGCGUCGGGGAUCAACGGGAACGGCGAGGCGGGUCAGGAUCAGAGGUGGAGGGUUGCGAUAUACGGCGAUAUGGAGAGUGCGGAACAUGCAAAGACACGAGUUCUGGUCUUCAUCGACAGACUACUGAGGCGAAGCGUUGACGCCAUGCUGCUGGAGCUCUCGUUACACACCGUCAUCUGCGGCAGGUCGAGGAAGAAUAUCAAGCAUAUUGAGUCGACGACGAAUACGGCUAUUUAUUUCCCGCCGCCGUUUUCGCAGGUCUAUAGAUACUGUCAUCCUGGUGCGAAACGCAGGAAUCCGGAGGAGAUAUUCAUUACGGGGGAGACGCCACAGGAUAUUGCGUUGGCGAAGCAGAAGAUCCAUGAGUUGGUGCAGCGGACGAGGCUGUUCAUGAAGGACUGCAUGGUCUCGCCGGCCAAGAUCGAUAGCAUCCUGCUUGGUCGGCUCGAUAAGGUCCGGAAGAUCAUGGAGACGAACGGCACUUUCGUUUUGUUCCCGCAGCUUGGGGCUCAGCGCAACUUGGUGCGGAUUCAAGGUGUUGAAGGUCUUCAUGUCGAGAGGACCAUUCGCGAUAUUAUGGGACUCACUGGCCAGUUCUACAGUGCAUCGUGGUGGAUUCAAGCACCACACGGUGGACGCAUGCCAUCUCCACAAGAGACACGGUCCAUGCUACCUGACAUCUGCGCCAACUCCGACGCCGACCUAACGCUGGACAAGUUAACGUUUUCCAUCACUGGCUCCGACGAUGCCGUCAAGGAUGCACUAGCUGUUAUCUCCGAAAUCCCCUUCGUGGCCCGCUCCCAGUACCAGAUCCGAGUGAAGAUCGAGCUCGCAAACGAGCACAAGGAGUUCGUCAGCGGCAAGAAGAACGGCAAGAUCAACAAGAUCAUGGGCCAGAGCAGCGUGCAGAUCAUCUUCGACGGCUUCAACGAGUACAACUUCAACAUCGAUGUCUGCUCGAGCCAGUACGAGGCUAUGAAGACGGGACUAUCUCUUGUUGAGCAAGAAAUGCCCGCUUCGAUAUCCUUCCACGUUCCCGACCAGUAUCACAAGCGCAUUAUCGGAAUCGGCGGCCAACAUAUCCAGCGUAUUAUGAAGAAGCACUCCGUCUUUGUCAAGUUCUCGAAUGCCAUGGAUCGUGGAGGCAUCGGUCGCGACGAGGACGACAUCAAGGUCGACAACGUCAUCUGCCGUACGCCCGCUCGCAAUGCUGGAGCACUUGAGCUCGUCAAAGCCGAGAUUCUGGACAUGGUCGACCGUGUUGAUUCCGAGUUCACCAACCAGACUGUCAACGUCAACAGACUGUACCAUCGCCAGCUCAUCGCACGUAUGGGCCAACUCGACGAGCUCGAGAAAAAGUGGAACUGCAAGAUCAUGUUCCCUAGCACCGAGCAGGCCAGCGACGACGUCAUUGUGUCCGGCCCGGAAUGGCAGGUCCCACACUGCGUGGACGAGUUCUUAGGCAUGGUUCCCGAUACCCACGACCUUGUCCUCGCCAGCUCGCCCGAGCUGCUCAAGUUCCUCGAGUCAGAGGAAUUCGUCAAAGAGACGAUCCCCAAGAUGAAAGCCCAAUACGUCGUCGAGCUACAAGUCAAAAAGGACCCCGCCGAGGUGACCGAAGACGGCAAGCCCACCGUAACCCUCAUGUGGUCCUUCACGCGCAACAACGCCGGCGGCGUCCGCGACGCAAUGGACUACCUAAUCCAACUCCUCCUCCCCGCCGGCGCCGAAGUCAACAUCGUCAAGGGCGCCAUCCCCCGCCCCAAAUCCGACUCCUUCGAGGAAUCCCUCCGCUUCUUCGACUCCAAGCUCCUGCAACACGCACCCGCACCCGUCGCUGGCACUGACUCCCCUACUAAAUCCGCGUUCAACGAAGAUGUCUCCCGGGAACGCAGUAAUAUCUUCGAUAAGCUGCGGAAGCCGGGGAGUAUGACGUCUAUCUCGGCGUUUUUGGAUCGCCGCAAGAACUCCUCGCAGUCUCCUGCUGCGACGAGUAGUUUCUUCAAGAAUGGAUCGAGCAAUGUGUCGAAGUCGUCGUUGAUCUCAGUCGAGUCCACGAGGAGCUUUAAUGCGAAUCGCGAUCCGUGGAAUGAUAGUGGUGUUAACCUCCCCGACGAUGAAGGGGGGGCGACGUGGUCGAGGCCCUUCUCUAAUGGGAAUGGGAGUAUUCACCUUAACCAAUCUGGGCAUCAUGGUGAUACGACGCCAAAGCACAAUAUGAGGAUCUCGACGGAUAGCGGGAGGCCUUCGACUUCGAAUUCGACGAACUCGGGGUUCCCGGGCCCGAUUGGGACGCCUCGUUAAAUUUGUUUCUCUACUCAUCUUCUCACCACCGUUUUUUUCUCACUUGAUGGAAAUGGUGUGUGUUGUGUGAUGAGAGAAUUUUUAUUUUCACACCAACUCGACUCUCUCCUCUUUACUCUAUUCUCAGUCUCUCUUCCUUACCGGCUGGAUAUACCCUGGGAAAACUCGCGUACAACUCAAAAUACCCCCCCCAAACAUUUGGUUUUUGUUCUGCUUUUUAUUUCGGAUAUCAUCUCUUUUUUCUCCCUCUUUGGUGUUUAUGCUUGAUUUUUUUCGUGCUUUUUACAGUUUUGUUUUUGUGUGUGUCGGUGCUACUCUACUCGUUUAUACCUUGGUCGUCGUCGAAGUCCUUUUUUCUUCGUUGAAAAAAAAAAGCUGCUGUGUAGACCGGUGUGUGUGUGUGUGUGUGUGCGGCAUGUUAAGUUGAUACCAGUGGACGGUGUGUGGGUGCAGAGGGAAUACCUAUUUGCUUGUUAUUUGCGCAAAGGCGGACGGAAAUGGAUGGGUGCGGGCGGAUGGGGUAUCCGCGUCGCCUGGGGUCAUGAUGCAUGAUGGGGAAGGAUACGCUUCUUAUGAGAGGGCGAUGGGACGGGGAAGGGGAUGCGGAUGAAGACGCUGGCGGAGAACAUUUACGAACGGGGUGAUAGAAAUGAGCAGCACUCCAUCCAUAGUCAAAUGAUAGAUGCACGUCUAGACUCGUCAUGAAAUAUAAAAAUCCCAUGUUUUCGAACUC